GUGUAGCAGUGCCGUCCGCAGUCUGCCUCAGCACCUCAACCGCCCGCAAUGCCCUUGGACACUGGCGCUCCGCUCGAUUCCGCCACGCACUGACUAACCGUGACAUCUCAGCGAGUUACUCCGGAUCUCUACUUUGGGACUUUUUGCGCACACUGUCCUGACACAUCUACGCUGGGUGAAACAAAUGGGGAAGGUCCAAGGAUAACAGGGUGCAGGAUUUUGCUACUGCAGAAGACCUGCCGGUACUUCGCUGCCCGGAGGGGGGGCUGGCUGCGCCUCUGUCAGAGACCGUAGUGCUGCAUCCGCUGUUUUGAUCAUCUAAACUCACCUUGCAUGGAUACAUCAUGGCUACAUUUAUAUGCAGGGUGCAGUUUUUAGAUGAUACCGAUCCAUUUAACAGCACCAAUUUCCCCGAGCCCACCAGACCGCCUCUGUACACCUUCAGGGAAGAUAUCCCUCUGAUAAAUCAGAUUGCUGGAGUCCACAGGCUGCUAAAAGCCCCACACAAGCCCGAUGACUGUGCCCUUCAGCUGUCCCAUAAUGGAAGCUACUUGGACCUGGAAUCUACGCUGGCAGAACAGCGAGAUGAACUGGAGGGAUUUCAGGAGGAUGGAGGACGAGGAAAGAAACACAGCAUCAUUCUUCGAACGCAGCUAUCAGUCAGAGUUCACGCGUGCAUCGAAAAACUCUACAACUCAACGGGACGGGAGCUGCGGAGAGCCCUCUUUUCCCUCAAGCAGAUUUUUCAGGAUGACAAAGACCUUGUGCACGAGUUUGUGGUGGCCGAAGGACUCACAUGUUUGAUAAAAGUUGGAGCCGAAGCCGACCAGAACUACCAGAAUUACAUCCUCAGGGCUCUUGGUCAAAUAAUGCUGUACGUGGACGGGAUGAACGGCCUCAUAUCUCACAAUGAAACGAUCCAGUGGCUUUACACCCUGGUUGGAUCCAAGUUUCGUCUGGUGGUGAAGACAUCCCUAAAGCUGCUGCUGGUGUUUGUCGAGUACACCGAGUCCAAUGCUGCCCUUCUCAUAAAGGCUGUGAACGCUGUGGAUACCAAAAGGGGUACAAAACUGUGGUCAAAUGUCAUGGAGAUCCUUGAUGAGAAGGAUGGAGUGGAUACAGAGCUGCUGGUGUUCGCAAUGACGCUUAUCAAUAAGACGUUGGCAGGCCUACCAGACCAGGACUCCUACUAUGACAUGGUGGAUUGUCUGGAGGAGCAAGGCAUCGAAGCCACGGCCCAGAGACACCUAAGCAGAAAAGGCACUGACCUCGACCUCGUGGAACAGUUCAACAUCUAUGAGAUGACUCUCCGUCAUGAGGACGGUGACGAUGACACCCAGUUGCCCCCGAGUGGGCGAAAGGACCGCCGGCGUGCCAGUGUCGGCGGCACUAACGAGAGGCGAGGCCUGGAGAGAAGACGCAGCCGGAGACAUUCGCUUCAGAAUAGCAGAGGCCAUGCUUCUGCCCCAGCAUCACCCUGCACCAGUCACGCUCGUGCAAGUGGCUUCCUCCGCUUUGGUAGCCAACAUGAAGAUAUAAGUGAGAGUCUGACAGAUAAUACAUCUCCUUCAUCUUGCCCUGCUAGAAAGCCCUGCUGGGCUGAAAGAAUAAGUGGCAAUGGCACUCCACAUCCUGGCAUCAAAUCCAUAUCCCAGAACCAAACUCCUACAUCACCCGUGCAUCGUUUUAAUAGUUCAGCAGCCUCCCCACCAGAAUGCAAACCUGACAGACCUGCUAUAGGGGGGCUGCUAACAUUAUCAUACAAACAGCAUCAGGAGUCUCUGGCUGCAGAGAGAGAGAGACGACGCCAGGAAAGAGAAGAGCGACUGCAGAGGAUUGAAAGAGAGGAGAGGAACCGCUUUAGUCGAGAUUAUGUUGAAAAGAGGGAAGAAGCAAGACAAGCCAGAGAAGAAAGGUACAAGGCUGUGGAACGGGUAGCUGCGGAGGAGUUUGAGCGGGAGCGCCCCAAAGUGCCAACAAGAGGGCGGACGGAGAUAACUCUGUGUUUGAGUCCAAACCCUGCCAGCCGCUCAGCAUCCCGCUGUGCUACACCUUCAUCCGUGAUUUCACAGGAAGACACCUCCACCACCACACACCAGAGUUUGGGAACAGAACACAUCCCACAUGCUGAACCACAGACCAGAAUAAAAAGCGCAGCACCAGAGUUACCAGUAUUAGAACCUUCCCCUGCACCUCCCCCUGAACCAGACAAACAGCAAACUGAGGCGGCGUCGCAGGCAGAGACAGAGGAUGUUGCUGCUGAAGAGAAGGUAGCGGUAGAGGUGGCUUCAGUUGAACAGUCAGGCAAGAGUAAGGAAGAGACACGAGAGCAGGUGAAGCUUGAGGAGCGGAGACAGCGUAUGGAUGAGGCAGCAGAAGAAGAAGCAGAUGUAGCUGAUAAGGUAAAGGCGGGAGAGCCGGAUGUAGAGGCAGAAGUAGAGUUGGAAGAGGAGUCUGAGAAGGAGCAGGUGACAGAAAGGGAUGCAGACGACAGUGUGCUGUUGAGUGAAAAAGAGAGGCAGAAUGAGGAGGUGAAUGAAAAGGACAACUGCUCUGCGUCCAGCAUCUCCUCCACAAGUAGCACUCUGGAGAGAGAGGAGCGGGAGGUGAAACUCAACCGUGACAUCGAAGCAGGCCAAUGGACUCAGUGCAUUAAAGAGGCAGAUGCGAAUGACCACUGCAACAAAAUUCUCAACGGGAAACGCUUCAUGCUGGACAUGCUCUAUGCUCAGAAGACGGCCGCUGAGGAUGAUGGGCAAGUGGGAGAAUCUGAAAAGGAGAAAUGUAAAUGUGAGAAGGAGGAGGUGAAUGACUCCGUGGCGAGUUUGGCUAGCAGGAUCUCCACACUGGAGGCUCACAGACAGGCCAGAGAAGAAAAUGUGAAAAAGAUGGAGGUGGGAAAUCUGGACAAUCAGGGCAGCGUCCGGGCAGUGGCGGGGAAGUUUGGAAAUUUGGUCAAGGGCCUGACAUCACCUGAGGCAGAGACCUCAAAAGAGCAGCAACAGGCUGAAAAAUCAUCGCCCGCUGCCUCGUCAGCGUUGGCCCCAAAGAAAGAGUCGGACUAUAUCUGGGACCAGUUGAUGGCCAAACCAAGAGAGCUGCGGAUCAAAGAUAUGGACUUCACGGACCUGAAGGAUGAGGAUGACAUGGACAUUUUAGAUAUGGACAGCACGACAGGGUCAGGUGACCUAAUACCACCUCUUCCUCCCCUGCUGUGCAAUACUGCCCUGCCACCACCACCACCACUGUUUGGAUGCCCCCCACCUCCUCCCAUCCUUGGCAAAAUGAUGCCUCCACCUCCGCCAUUUAUGGCCCCUAUCCCUCCGCCAUCCCCUCAGCUGAGCCGAGGGGAUAUUCCUCUCUUCCAGAAGAAGAAGAAGACCAUCCGUCUCUUCUGGAAUGAGGUGCGUCCUGUGGACUGGCAGUGUAAGAGUCAUAAAUUCUGUAAGGAGUCUCUCUGGUCCAAACUGGAGCCAAUUACACUGGACACAUCCAAGUUGGAGCAGCUGUUUGAGUCCAAAUCCAAGGAGCUCUCUGUCACGAAGAAAGCAGCUGUUGAUGGCAAACGGCAAGAGAUCAUAGUGCUGGACUCAAAGCGCAGCAAUGCUAUAAACAUCGGUUUGACUGUCUUACCUCCUCCCCGCACAAUCAAGACUGCCAUUCUCAACUUUGAUGAGUACGCACUAAACAAAGAAGGCAUCGAGAAAAUACUCACAAUGAUCCCCACAGAGGAGGAGAAGCAAAAGAUCCAGGAAGCUCAGCUGGUCAACCCUGCCAUCCCCCUGGGCAGCGCUGAACAGUUCCUUCUCACCCUCUCCUCCAUCACAGAGCUGUCUGCUCGCCUGCAGCUGUGGGCAUUCAAGAUGGACUAUGAAAUUAUUGAGAAGGAAGUGGCAGAGCCUUUGCAGGACUUGAAGGAAGGAAUGGAUCAGCUGGAAAAAAAUAAGACACUCGGAUACAUUUUGACCACGUUACUUGCCAUUGGCAACUUUCUCAAUGGCUCCAAUGCUAAAGGCUUUGAGCUGAACUAUUUGGAGAAGGUCCCUGAGGUGAAGGAUACAGUUCAUAAGCAAUCUCUGCUGCACCACGCCUGCUCCAUUGUGGUUGAGAAGUUUCCAGACAGUACUGAUCUCUACUCUGAGAUUGGCGCUGUUACCCGCUUGACCAAGGUGGACUUUGACCAGCUUCAAGACAAUCUGGCCCAGAUGGAGAGAAGGUGCAAAGCAUCAUGGGAUCACCUGAAAGUCAUUGCAAAACAUGAGAUGAAACCAGCAUUGAAACAAAAAAUGUCUGACUUCCUCAAAGACUGUGCAGAGAGGAUCAUCAUACUCAAGAUUGUACAUCGAAGAAUUAUCAACAGGUUUCAUGCUUUUCUGCUGUUCUUGGGCCAUCCGGUGUAUGCAGUACGUGACGUCAGCAUACACCGCUUUAGCAAGAUACUGAGUGAAUUUGCUCUAGAAUAUCGCACGACGAGAGAGCGCGUGCUGCAGCAGAAACAGAAGAGGGCCAACCACCGAGAGAGGAACAAGACCAGGGGAAAAAUGAUAACAGAUAGUGGUAAAUUUGGUGGAGCCCCUUCAGACAAACCGGAGAGCCAGCCUCAGAGUAUCCAGAGUGCUGAAGAUGCAGCAGAACACGAGAACAUGAAGGCCGUCCUAAAAAGUAGCCUGCAGGGCAAAGAUAGUGGAACAUCCACGGUGCCGGGCCUUCGAACACGCACCAGAGCCAGUAGCACCAGAGGUCGUGUUGCCCCAUGGUGCUCUGUCAACGACGACCCAAUAAACUGCACAGAUGACACAGCAGACGAGAUCAUGGAGAGGAUUGUCAGGUCAGCCACUCAGGGGCCCAGCCAGCGGACGCAGCCGCGAGAGAGGAGACGAUCCCGAGCCAAUCGAAAAUCAUUGAGGAGGACGCUGAGGAACGGUUUGACAACGGAGGAGGCAAACGCUCUUGGCUUGUCUAAUGGUUCGGAGAUGCAAGUGUGAGCUGGACCCCCACGGGACAUCAAGAUAUCUGGAAGCCCUUUCACUGCCCCAAACCCCAUAAGGACAUAAAGACCCAACCCGUGAACCUAUUCUGCUCUGGCUUGGCACUAAAAUCCCCGUCCCCGACCCCAGCUUUGAUGAGUUGAUCUCAUCUUUGUGUGUCUGGACUUGACCAAGUGCUUCCUAACGAAAGAGAAGGGUGAACAGGAUUUUUUUCCUGAACUGAUGGGCAGAGGGAGCAGAAACGGCGUGCUGCAUUAAAACCACUAAGCUUUGCCCUUGCCGGUUAAACACAGUUUACACAUGAUUUGCUUUCAUAAGGCUUCGUCACAGUUAUGCUUUGAAUGUGAUAUUGCAUACAAACACCUGCAGAAGUGUUUUUUUUUUUAAGGCAGAGGGAGUCAAAACAGUUAGCAGUUUAAUCCCCGUGGCCUUCAGUGAAUUGAGAGGGCUAGAAAAUCGGUUCAAAUAAAUGUGUUUGGGUUUAGUUUCAGCCCAGCAGCUUUCGUGACAAAAAAAGACAUUUCAUCUAUUGAAUAGAUGGCCUUGUGCAGAGGGUUAUUUUGUUAUAUACUACUGUGGUAGUUUUGUGUUUCGUUUUGCUCAAGAAGGUGCUCAAAGGAACAAUUGCACUGGAUGUAAAAGUUGGGUCUCAAAGGAAAGUGAGAUCCUUGACACUGAUUAACCAUUCAGACAUCUGAAUCUGAGAACAUACUCAGCAGUUAACCAGCAAUUCAGCAGUAGCACAGUUUUUAAAUGUUUAUUCAAAGUCAACAUAUCCAAGGCAAGCGUGCAUUAGUUUACUAGAUAAAAGGAAUUUAUCAGAGAAACGGCACAGAUAUUUUUUAAAGUUGAUAUGAAGAGAGAGAGAAAGGCGAUUGCCAACAGCUCCGUUACAGUAGGUUUGACUGGCGAUCCCACUAGUUUCAGACUAAUGCUCACGACGCAAACAUUUAUAGCUUGAACUGAAGUCGCAUUGUCACCGUCGUGAUCGAUUCUCACCGAUGAACAGUUGGAAACACUUGGAGUGAGGUGAAGUACAAGUGAGGAAUCUUCACAGAGUUUAUUUCGUUUUAUUUUGUAGAGACUAUGAGCUGCACAUUUCAGAGUGCCUUUCAGAGACAGCUAUUUAUUAAGACGUUUUCAGGGACAUAUAAUAACGAAAAUGUUGCUACAGAUGUGCGGUCUGUGGGGCGGGGAGGGAGCAGAGGUUAAUAUUGCAGUGUAGAUCAUUCUUGAGCUGUGAUUUAUUUUUAACCAGUGUUUUUAAACGUGUCAUGGCAGAAUUACUUUUUUUUUUGGUUCCAUGCUAUGUCUUGGAUCAAGUAGUUUAUGAAGAUAGCUUUAACAUAUUUAUGACAACUUAAGGAUUGGCUAUGCACAUUAGCUGUUAUCCUGUUGCCUUAUUGUAAGAUACGGGCAUACAAAGGUUCACUCCAUUCAUAGUGUAGGUAAAAAUAGAGAGAUCGGGCCAUUUUUGCCAUUUUCAGGGCAUGCGGGGUUUAUUUCUUCAUUCUCAAUGAAUGCAAACCAUCAGGGGGCACAUUUAUAAUUAUUAGUUAGGAAGCACAUAAAAUGUUUUAAUUUAUAGACUUUUUAAAACAUCUAAAUCUGUACUGAACUGAAUAUUUUAGAGGUCCAUGUGCUGUUAAUCAAUUUGGAAUGGCCUUGACUGAAUUCAUGAUAUCGCUAUCCACUUUAUUUCACUGUGAUGGAAACAUAGCCAUUGAGAAAAUAAUUUAGCGCAUCGAUAAAAAUCUAAUCAGCACUCCAUUUUUUUUUUUUUCGUUUUGAAUUGACUGGAACCUUUUCAGCACCUUAGACUCGAUGUGUAGCAUGCCACUUAGUAAAACUGAAGUUACAGGAGGUGGUGGGAGCUCAGUGCGUUUCCCAGGUUGUACUGACUUUUCAAGAGCAAAAACAUGUUUGAAGCAAUACAGGGGAAUGCUGUAAACAGAUGUACAUGUCAUGACUGUCUUUUUUUUUGCUCCAUGUGUAGAAUAGUGUAUUAUAGACUAAAAGCAGUGUUAUUCAAAAUAUAAUUUAAGAAAACCAAGCCAUGCAUGGUUUUAAAAAAAAAGUGUCACUUCUGCUUAAGUCAGGAGGUGGUUUCACUUUGGUUCUCAGAGCUGUAGGAUUUUCACUUCAGACUGUAACAUGAACACGCAGCGAUCGGCUUUACCAGUUACUCCAGUAGAAUCCAGUUGGAAGCCUUUGAUUUCAUUGCACUUAAUAUAUUUUUAUCAUUAGCCCAUCACACACUGCUGCCUGUGCCAUAACAUCACUGUGGAACUUGGACUAAAGUGCUUUACUACCAAGGCUUCAAUUGCAUCUAUACCCACAGCAAAAACUAUGUAACAACUACAAUAAAAAGGCUCAUUUAAAAAAU